AUGCCUCCCCUACCAGGUGGGCCGCUGGAGCGCCCGCGUGUGAUCCUCUAUCACCAAACCUUGAUCCCGGGCUCGGAUCCAUAUGUUUCCAUGAUGCCCCUUGUGGAAAACAAUACCGGCGUGACACAUGUCAUUUUAGCAGCCAUUCACAUCAAUGAGGAUCCGAAUCGCAUCACGCUCAAUGAUGACCCUCCAGAUAACCCCAAGUUCGACCCUUUAUGGGCCGAGGUCCCCCUGGUUAAGCAAGGUGGUGUGAAGAUAAUGGGGAUGCUGGGCGGUGCAGCUCGAGGUUCAUUCACUCGCCUUGACGGCGACCAAGACCAAUUCGAGCGAUACUACCUCCCUCUCUUGGAGAUUUUGCGCCGUUACGAACUUGAUGGACUCGAUCUCGAUGUGGAAGAGGAGAUGUCGCUGCAAGGUAUUAUUCGACUGAUCGACCGACUCAAGGCCGAUAUGGGCGACGACUUUAUCAUCACGUUAGCACCGGUCGCAGCAGCACUUCUUGGCGUUGGAAAUCUGUCAGGCUUUGACUAUAGAGAGCUCGAACAAGCCCGAGCUUCAAAGAUUGACUGGUAUAAUGCUCAAUUCUACAAUGGCUGGGGUCCGGCUGAGGACCCACGCAUGUAUGCGGCCAUGAUCCAACAGGGCUGGUCUCCACGUCGUGUGGUUUAUGGUCUCUUGACAAACCCGGGCAAUGGAUCACAGGGAUACGUGUCCGGUGAAAGACUGAGCCCGGUUCUUGCGAACUUGGUCGAGCAGUUCCCCAAUUUUGGUGGAGUCAUGGGUUGGGAAUAUUUUAAUGCCUUUCCUGGUGGAAGAGAGAAGCCUUGGCAAUGGGCAGCAGAGAUGUCUGUAAGCCUGGGACUCAAAGACUUGGUCGUCGCCGCGCGCCAGAUGUUGACCCCCGGGGGUAUAGCCAACAGCGCUGCUGCUAGCGUGAAUAACCUGCUGCAGGACAUGCUGGCCCGAAAUCGACGAUGGGGAGGAUCCUAG